AAAUUUAAAAUUUAUUUGGAUAACAAUUGUAUGAGUUGAUGGAUGCCACCAUCCAAAUUUCCUUUCAAAAGAGAAAAAGAAAAUAGAAAAAAUAAAGUAUAAAUGAGAGAAAGAGGGACGCACGCAAAGAGUGAAAUGUGGGCCAGUGGAUGUACCAAAAGCGCGUCCGAUUUCAUCGGGCGUGGGGCCCUCUCCACCAUCCAAUUUCCUUACCAAAAUCUGAAAAAGCCGCGGGAAACCAUCUCCGGCCUCCGCCAACUGACAGUUAUCCGGUUGCUGAUUUGGCAUUGGAGCCCACGCAACCCACCAAAAAAAUAUAAUUCUAAUUGAUUAAAAAAUCAUUGGGACCCACCUAACUCAAAAAAAAAAAGGGUUAAACAAAAUGGAAAACAGAAACUCACAGAUUCUUGGGGUGGCUGGUGGGGGUGGAAAAGAAAAAAAAGAAAAGAAACAGAAACAAAGAGAACAGAGGAAAAGAAAAUAUUGAGGAAGAGAGAGAAAAAAAGCAAAUAAACCCAAAGAAGAAGAAAGUCAGAGAGAGAAAAAGAAAGAAAGUGUCCUGAAAGAGACACCAAAGAUGGUCGAAGAGAUCCUCUGAGAUCAUCCUGCAAGGGGGCAGUAAUAGAAAAAACAAGAAUUCAUAUAUUCUUGAUUCUUGAAAAAAAAAAAAAAAAAGAAGAAAAACUUUCCUUGCGGUUUAUUGUUAAAAUAAAUAUAUAAUAUAAUUUUUUUUUUCAUUGCUGCCUUUUUGAGUCUCUAUCUAUCUUCCUCCUACCUAUCUAUCACCACCCUCACAUUACAUUACAUUGCAUCUUUCUUUCUCUUGAAGAACUUCUUUUUGAAAAAGAUAUUUUGAUAAGAGAAAGAAAAGUAAAAAUUAUAUUACAGAAUUUGCAACAUUGUUCCCAAAGCCAUCAGCAUCACAGCUCCCUUUUGUUGCUUCUACUUCUUUAUGUUGCAAUUCAUUUCGUGGAGAUUUAUAAAGAUAGUAAUAACCUGCUGAGACAGGUUAUAUACAUGUUGGAGGAGAGGGUGUAGAGACAAUUUAAUAAAAGCAAAGAUGAGGGACCCUGAUAUGAUUAUCAUCAUCAACAAAUUUGGAGACUUUGCAUUUCGUUGUAAUAAUAUAGUUUGUAUAGCUAGUUUCUGAUCAACGCAGAUUAUACUACAGGUCUUACAAUAGUUAAUUAUUCUUUGUUAUUGCUGCGAGUUAGAAAGAAGGUGGUUUUAAAUAGGAAACCUGGCGAUUUAUGUAUAAUUGUAGCUUCCUCCACUGCCAUAUUUGGUUCAUCAAGCAAUGGAGGGUAGAUGGAACCCAAAUGGAUUCCAGUUCUUCAGCUUCCUGGUUUUGAUUCUUGGACAUAAAAUUCAAGGCUCUUGGUCUCUUAAUGAUGAGGGUUCUGUUUUGUUGGAAUUUCGUACAACAGUGAGUUCAGAUCCUUUUGGUGCUUUUGCUAACUGGAAUAUCAAUGACCAUGAUCCUUGUUUGUGGCGUGGUGUUCACUGUGUGACUGGUAAAGUUGAAACAUUGGAUCUGAAUGGGCUUUCUUUGGAAGGGACAUUAUCGCCUGUUCUGGGCAAACUUAGUCAUUUGAAAUUGCUUGUACUCUAUAAAAACCAUUUCUAUGGCACGAUUCCUAAGGAGAUUGGAGGACUCACAAAGCUGGAGGUGCUGGACUUGAGGGAAAAUAACUUCAGUGGAACAGUUCCAGCAGAAAUAGGAAGACUGCCAUCACUAAAAUGCUUGUUGCUUUGCGACAAUAAAUUUGAAGGUAGCAAUCUUCUGAAGGUUGGGAGGCUUAACUUUUUAUCUGAAUUGCAAUUUGACGAAGACCUUGCAUGUGGUGUAGUCUCUGGAAAUGACUGCAUAAAUAGAAAGGUUAGAAAUGGGUUCAAGCUUGGAAAGGAUACUCUGCAUGAGUGUGGUGAUAAUUCAUGUGAUAAACUAGCUAGUUCACCGGGGCUACACAUGGUCCAAAAUGUUGAGAUCCUUGUCAGUUCUGCACGUCGUAGGCUUUUUGAACUAUCAAGUAACCUCCCAGCUGGUCCUGCUAGUGGUGGUUCUUCCUCUCAACAGAUUAUUGCUUUACCCACUACCCGAAGUAGUGGGAGUUUCCCAGCUAUUCCAAAUGCAAAGAAGGAUCCUCCUCCACCACCUGCGCCAGUAGCAGCUCCACCAGUUGAGUCCCCACCAAAAGGGUUCCAAAGUGAUUCUGAUGUAACUCCAACCAAUGAGCAAUCUUCACAUACAUGGAUAUAUUUCUUGAUUAUUCCAAUUGUGUUCGCCUUGGUUAUUAUUUCUCUGGGUCUUGUGUUAAUUUGCCGUAAACGAGGAGUCACAACAAUAGGUCCUUGGAAGACUGGACUGAGUGGACAGCUACAGAAGGCAUUUGUCACAGGGGUUCCCAAGCUAAAUCGAACGGAGCUGGAAACUGCCUGUGAGGAUUUCAGCAAUAUAAUCGACACUCAUGAAGGUUGCACUAUGUACAAGGGAACAUUAUCCAGUGGAGUUGAGAUUGCUGUUGCAUCUACUUUGGUUGCAUCUUCCAAAGAUUGGUCGAAGAAUGCAGAGUUGUCGUACCGAAAAAAGAUUGAUACGCUGUCUCGGGUAAACCAUAAGAACUUUGUCAAUCUUAUUGGCUUCUGUGAAGAGGACGAACCUUUCAAUAGGAUGAUGGUGUUUGAAUAUGCUCCUAAUGGAACCCUCUUUGAGCACUUGCAUGUUAAAGAAAUGGAACAUCUCGAUUGGAGUGCAAGGAUGAGGAUUAUCAUGGGCACUGCUUACUGCUUACAGUACAUGCACCAUGAUUUAAAUCCACCUGUAGCACAUUCUAACUUAAAUUCACAUAGUAUCUAUCUAACAGAUGACUAUGCUGCUAAGAUUGCAGAAGUCUGUUUCUUGCCACAACCAGUAAGGAAGUCAAAAAUCUCAGGGGAUGGUGAGUCGGAGCACUCUGAGCUGCCACCACUGACUGAUCCAGAGACAAAUGUCUAUAGUUUUGGGAUUCUGUUGCUCGAAAUCAUUUCAGGGAAGCUCCCAUACUCGAAAGAACAAGGGCCCCUUGAGAAAUGGGCUGCUGAAUAUUUGAAUGAUAAGCGGAGUAUCAGCUACAUGAUUGACCCAACCCUCAAGGCUUUUAAAAACAACGAGCUGGACAUUAUCUGCGAGGUUAUACAGGAGUGUAUACAACCAGAUCCUAGACAGAGACCAACAAUGAGGGAUAUUACUUCCAAAUUGAGGGAAGUGAUAACUAUCUCGCCUGACCAAGCGACUCCGAGACUUUCACCACUAUGGUGGGCUGAGCUCGAGAUAUUAUCCGUGGAGGCUACAUAAAGUUGUCUUUUUUUCAUUACGACACUCACUCUUCUCUGUAUUGUAAGUGAAGUCUCUCUCACACUGCUUCAUGCCAAAUUCUAAAAUUAGCUUUUUGAUUACCAAUCUGCUUCAUUACCAAUGCUCUGCUUCAACACCCUUUUUUUUUUUUUUGCAUCACAGUUCUAUAUUUGUCCUAUAAUUUCAUUGUAUUUCAUUUUUUUUUUCUAAAGACCAUUCUUCCCUAGCAUUUGCUUCAGAAUGAGUGUAAUUUAUUUGUUACUUGAUGGGGGGGUACUAUGCUCCCCAGCUGGUACAAGCUAUAUGUAUCUUGUGAUUGAGUUUGUGGUGUAACAAAAACUAACACAGCACUAGGAUGUUAGUCCUAGUGAGCCUAUUAA